CAGGAUAUUUGAUGGAGAUGCUUUCUCAUAGCAUGUCACUCUCUGCCAAAGAUAAACCUUGAGUCUGAAGAUGCUAAUUUUGCUGUCUUCUGCAGAGUGGGUCAACAAACAGUGACCAGUAGACAGUGGGGCCACCAAGACGAAUAGGCCUAGGGCCUGUUCUCAGAGAACUCAUAGUACGAUCUGUGCAUACGCACACACACAAAUCCACACACAUACACACGCGCAUACCAGGAUAAUGAUAGUAUCCAGUGGUAAGUGCCGCCAGAGAAUUCUCAACAAGGCUUUCUCUGGGAGUGUGGGAGAGAAAGUGAUUAUUUCCAUCACGUCCUGUUCCCCAGAGAGCAAGAGGCCAGAAGACCCUUUGAACUCAUGACCUCAUCCCAUUGCAGGCCCUCUAUUUUACUUCUCUCCCUGUAGCCUUUGUCCAUUUUAUGGCCACACCCCAGGGUCAGGGGAUGGCUAGUGCUGGGAGGGAAGAAACAGCUUGGCUCUGGGAGAGGCUGGGGGAACUUCCAAAAUGAGGACAACAAGGCCCUGGGUCCCCACCCGAGCAAGACUCCACUUCUCUGGAAGUCAGGGGAGCGGCACUGAGCAUGGAAAAUGAAGAGGCUCAGCUCUCCAUCUGGCCCGCCUCCUGACUCCUGGGUGACUGUGGGCACGUCACUUUGCUUCUCUGGGCCUUGGUUCCCUCCUGCUUUAAGUCAAUUGGAAGGGGCCUUUGGGACCAUCUGGCCUGCCUCGCCCCCCCUCCCCUCUGCCAUUUCACUUUUCAAAUGAGAGCACAGGGCCCCAGAGAGGUAAAGUGACUUUUUCAAAGUCACGUAGUUUAAAGGCAAAAAUGGGAGUCACAGAAUACCUAUGACAUGGUCCCAUUUAUGAAAAAAAAGCAUAAAUUAAAAAAAAAUACACGUAGGCCUAUAAAAAAACACAAAAAGAUCCAGAUGGAUAUACAGAUUACGACGACUCUCCUUGGGCAGAGGGGUGGGUCGGAAAGGGAACAAAGGGGAGCUUUUGUUGUUCUGUAUAUUUCUGUAUUGUUGGAAAGUUGCAUCGCGACAACAAUGUAUUGGGGCAUUAUUUCUGCACUUUCAAAGAUAAUAUUUUAAAUGGCGCCACGACAGAAACAGAACUGCAGGUCUCAGAUUUCUGUUUCUCACAACCACAAACUUGAUCUGGCCCGUUCCAGAUCUAGAAGGGCACUUUUUCAAAGCAUGCGCUGCCUCCUGGUACCCUGCUGGGCAGUUACAGGGACACCGAGCUUUCCCACUCAUCCCAGCCCAGACUUUGCAAUUCUUCUCACAGAGCCCUUGAGAUGAAAACUAUGUGCUGCGCUGCUUUAAGCCACGGUUGGAUUUCAGAUACCAGCUAGCGAAUACAGAAGACUGGGAGGUGCCUCUGUGAACCUUUCAGAUCCAACAGGCGGGGUGCUGCAUACCUUAUUUGUAGGUAGGAUUGCUCCUUGUUUAAGGACCUGGCCCCAGGGAAAAUGGAAGAUCUAGGAGUGUCGCGGUCCCGCGGGAACGUGGGGACAGUGUAGAGAGCUUUUCACAGAGCCAGGGAGGUAAUCUGGUACCCAGACUGCUGAUGAGCCCACGGGCUCUGUGUGCGAACCUCCCUAGCUUUCAAAGCCAGGUGCGGGGAGGCGGGGGUGCAGGGAGAGCCUCAAUUCCCCAUGAAUCUCUGGCUGGUUCGUCAUGGGAAAUAAAUGGCAAAUACCCUAAGCAGACAACCCCACAGGAGAAUUCUGAUUUUGUGUUUCACUUGGCUGCCAUUUUGUUCUGUGCCCUCAGAAAACUGGCUUCUUUUUGUGGAGGGUCAAUUUCUUCAUCUGGAAAAUGAAAGAAAACCCAGUCUUUCCCUUCCUAGAGGGGGCUGUCCUCCGCAGGCAUCAAGGGAAGCCGGGCUGGGAAUCCUGGUUGACAGCACCUCUCACUUGAAGAGGCCGCAAGAGAACUCCUGCCCUGACAGGAAGCCACAGGACCCAGCUGCGCCCUGAGUUUGGUGUAUCCCACUUCCCUCUCAUUUGCCUGGUACACUCCUCCGUGUUCCCCAAGAUGCAGCAGAGACGUUACCUUCUCCAGGAAGUCUUCCUGAGUCUCCGCAGGGCUCAUGAAAGGAGAGCAGCGGGAGGAGCAGGGGCUGGGCCCCGAACCCGCGGCGCCCCCGCAGCCCACGGAGGAGGAGGAGGCCCUGAUCGAGUUCUACCGCUCCUACCGAGACCUCUUCCAGUUCUUCUGCACCACCACCACCAUCCAUGGCGCCAUCCGCCUGGUGUGCUCCCAGCACAACCGCAUGAAGACGGCCUUCUGGGCCGUGCUGUGGCUCUGCGCCUUCGGCAUGAUGUACUGGCAGUUCGGCCAGCUCUUCGGGGAGUACUUCAGCUACCCCGUCAGCCUCAACAUCAACCUCAACUGCGACAAGCUCGUCUUCCCCGCCGUCACCAUCUGCAACCUCAAUCCCUACAGGUACACGCAAAUUAAAGAGGAGCUGGAGGAGCUGGACCGCAUCACAGAGCAGACGCUCUACGAUCUGUACAAGUACAACUCCUCCAACACUCUGGGGGCCCACCCCCGCGGUCGCCGCGACCUCUGGGAGACCUGGCCGCACCCCCUGCAGCGCCUGGCGGUCCCGGCCCCGCCCUCCCGGGCCCGCGCAGCCCGCAGCACCGCCUCCAUUGUGCGGGACAACAACCCCCAAGUGAACUGGAAGGACUGGAAGAUCGGCUUCCAGCUGUGCAACCAGAACAAAUCGGACUGCUUUUACCAGACUUACUCGUCAGGGGUGGAUGCAGUGAGGGAGUGGUACCGCUUCCACUACAUCAACAUUGUCUCGUGCCUGGGGGACACUUCUCCGUCCCCGGGGGAGGACAUGCUGGACAACUUCAUCUUCGCCUGCCGCUUCAACCAGGCCCCCUGCAAUCAGGCGUGAGUCCCUCCUGCCUGGCUCCCUGCUCCCCACAGGGUCUCCUUCCCCGAGGCCCACCUGAGGCUCAUAUGGGCAGCGCCCAGGAAAUGCUCAGGUGCAGGGAGGAGAGGGAAGCGCCUCAGGUCCACACCUCUGUCCCGUGGAUUAUCCUGCAGGGCUUCUGCCGCUCUUGCUGCCUGCGGCGCUGGGUGUGAGUCAGACAGCUGAAUGUGGAUGCCCUGGGAAGGCUGGAGUUGAGCCCUGGCUCUGAGACUCCAAUGGCUGGAAGUAUGCUUCUCCAUCUUUCUAAGGCCUCUUCGUCACUAGCCCCAAACUUAAGAGUGCCUGGGAGGUCAUCUUCUUGGAGAAGGUGGACAGUAAUGGUUUGGUGGAAAUAGCACGGAUUGAAUGAGGGAGCGAACCUGGGUCCCUGCUGUGGCUCUGUAACUUCCCGGCCAGGUGACUCUAGGCAUUUCACAU